AUGAGACAGAAUCAAUCGGAGAAUAAUUUUAGGGAAGGAGGAGGAGGAGGAGGUGGUGUACGGGGGAAGUCAAUGUCGUCGGAAGAUGUUUACACGAGGUCGCAGCUGGAGAGUUUCUUUGCGAGGAGGAUGGCGGAGAAUGAGUCUAAGCCUGAGGGGUGUCCUCCUUCGCAAGGAGGGAAGUAUGUUGGGUUUGGAUCAAGUUCGGGUCCUGCGCGUAUGAGUAAUCAGCAGGAUGAUGUUUUCUCCGUCAUGUCUCAGGUGAUUUGGAUGCAUUUUUUGGGUGUUCAGUUUCGUUUUGAAUGGUGUGAUGAUGUAUUUGAUAAUGAUUGGUUUUGA